GCAUUGUUGACAAACUCAAUUGAAGCACUUAUUUGACAUUUUAUCUCAUUUCUUAAAGUUGAGAUUUUUUAGAAAGUAGACUACUAAAUCCGGGCAAAGGGAGUAUUUUAAUUUUCCCUGUUGUUGAUUCAAUGAGAAUUUGAAUGUUGGGCAGAUAGUGAAAAACAAUUAAAUGAAGACGAACAGCUUGCCAGAGCUCUUCAGGAGAGCUGGAAUCUCAAUCCCUCACCAUGGAAAGGAAACACAAAAGACACUGGCCAUGGAGAUAGAUAUGGAAAUGGGCACUUUUAUCAACCUAUACCUUUCUCCAAUGCAAUAAGUUUCAGGAUAUGUGCUGGGUGCAACAAAGAGAUCGGCCACGGGCGAUUCUUGAACUGUAUGAGUGCUUUCUGGCAUCCAGAGUGUUUUAGGUGCCAUAGAUGCAAACAACCAAUAUCUGAUUAUGAGUUUUCUAUGUCUGAGAGUCUUCCAUAUCACAAAACCUGCUACAAGGAGCAUUACCAUCCAAAGUGUGAUGUAUGCAAAAGCUUUAUCCCAACCAAUGCAGCAGGUCUUAUUGAAUAUCGUGCACACCCUUUUUGGUCCCAAAAGUACUGCCCGUUUCAUGAGCGUGAUGGAACCCCUCGAUGCUGUAGCUGUGAGCGAAUGGAGCCACAUGAAACAAAAUAUGUUGCCUUAGAUGAUGGCAGGAAACUAUGUUUGGAGUGUUUGGAUUGUUCCAUUACGGACACCAACCAGUGCCAGCCCCUUUAUCUUGACGUACAAAAAUUCUACGAAGGGCUGAAUAUGAAACUGCAUCAGGAAGUCCCAUUGCUCUUGGUUGAGAGACAGGCAUUGAAUGAAGCCAUGGAUGGAGGGAAACAUGGUCAUCAUCACAUGCCUGAGACUAGAGGCCUAUGCCUUUCUGAAGAAAGAACAAUCAGCACUACUUUGCGUCGGCCAAGGAUAGGGGCUGGAAAUCGUACCAUAGAGAUGAGAACAGAACCCUAUAGAUUAAGACGCCACUGUGAAGUGACAGCAAUUUUAAUCUUAUCUGGUCUUCCUAGGUUAUUGACAGGAUCCAUUUUAGCUCAUGAGAUGAUGCAUGCUUGGCUUCGACUUAAAGGCUAUCAAACUCUUAGCCAAGACGUCGAAGAAGGCAUAUGUCAGGUGUUGGCUCACAUGUGGUUGGAAUCACAAAUCAAGUCAAUGUCAAAAGUCAACAGGGCAUCGUCAUCUUCAUCAUCCGGACCAUCAUUGACCAGACCGCAAUUUGAGUUGAAACUCGGGGAGUUCUUCAAACACCAGAUUGAAUCGGACACGUCUCUGGUAUAUGGAAAUGGUUAUAGAAGUGGUAACCAGGCAGUACUCAAGUAUGGGUUGGAGAGGACUUUGGAACAUAUUCGGAUGACGGGUACCUUUCCCUGUUGAAGGUGAUCUGAUUUAUUUAUUUUUCCUUUUUAACAUAGUCAAGUGAAACUUGAGUCUGUUCAUAUUAGCUUUUCCUGGACUAUGCCACCAUGACCCCGCAUUAGAUCCUCGGAGCCAUUCUUUAAUUUUAUUGUAGAUUUUUCUGCCACGCACGGUCGGAAAAGAGGACAUAUACAAGAACAAAAAUUAUUUUUUUUCCUUUUCAAACAUUAUAGUUUAAGAAAAAAUCAUUUACAUG